AUGGCUAAUCCCACUGACUACAGAAGCAUCGCUGGCGCUCUUCAGUACUUGACAUUCACGAGUUCGUACAUCGCCUACAUCGUGCAACAAGCUUGUCUUCAUAUGCAUGACCCACGGGAGCCACACGCCAAUUUGCUCAAGCGUAUUCUUUGCUACCUCGAGGGCACCAUUGACCACGGUCUGCAGCUGCAUCAAACUUCACCAACCUCACUUACGGCUUACAUUGGCACUGAUUGGCCCAGCUGUCCCGACACUCGGAAGUCCACCUCGGGCUAUGUGGUUUUUCUUGGCAACAACCUCAUCUCAUGGUCCUCCAAGCAUCAGCAGACGGUCUCUCACUCCAGUGCUGAGGCGGAGUACCGUGUUGUUGUCAAUGCCGUUGCUAAGUCCUACUAG